AUGCCGGCCUUUCAAUUUCUGUAUCCAAAAUCGUCUACAGUAUAUUUUUUCUUUGGUCUCAAAAUCAUAACGAUGAGAAAGAUAGCUGUGCAAUUAUAUUCUUCAAUUAUAUUUGUCACGUUAAUAACAAUAGUCAAUUUGAUAUCUGCGAAUUUAACGGCUAUUAUGGUGAAUCAUGGUCCAUGGACAGAAAUUCUCGAAAAUUGGAUUACCCUUCCAAGGCACCAGUUUAACAAUUCUCGUGUCAUACGAGCGAUGAAGAUUGAUGAUAAGAUUUUGACAGUGUCUAAAAUCUCUCCAUCAAAUAAAAGAGAUGUUUCUGAAACUGAUCUUUACUUACUUAGUAUGAUUUAUAAGAUAUUUAAAAAAUUGUCAUUUUUCACUGAAGAGCUUAAUACAGCUUUAAUCUAUUCGUUUAUUAUGUCAUCGUUUUUUUUAGAACCUUGCCCUACUAAUUACACGAGAAUGGGUCAAAACUGCUACCACUUCAGUAAUCGUGAUUUCGACUGGAAAUCAUCGGGUAGUCUUUGCCGUGGUAUGGGUGGACAUUUGGUUGAAUUCAACACGGUCGAAGAGAACCAAGAUGUAAUUGCGGGUAUAAUGUCAAACUCCAAAUUUAAAGGCAAUAAUUUCUGGACAGGUGGCUUAAAUCCAGGACUUUUAUGGAUUUGGGCCAACAGUGCUAGACCGGUUCAACAAGACACUAAACAGACCGUCAUUGGUGAUGGCAGAUGUUUGAAGUUAACUUUCAACGCAUCGUCGAAACUUUAUUCAUACAGAGGUGAAGAUUGCAGCUCAAGACAAAAAUAUAUUUGCGAAUUGACGAUCGAAGACGAAUCAGCAAAUAGGAUCGAAAGGACAGCACGAUUACUAAUUGAUAAAAGUGAUUAG